AUAGGGCUGUGGGUCCCCGGUUCGGGGGAGGAGACGCUCGCCCGCCCCACCUAGAGAGCAGGCGGCUGAGGCAUGGGAGCCGCCCCUCCCGCCUCAGAGAACAAACCGGACAUUCAGCAGUGGCCAGUGGCUGUCAGCAACUCCUUGGGGAAGGAAAUUGUCGAGUCAGGCUGGACCGUAAUCACCGUUAAAUGCUUCCGGACCCCUCCAGCUGCACAUACCCGGGCUGCCCCGCGAGCGCGCGCGUGCGUAGGAGCGCGCACAGGGUGUCUUGUGUGCACGCCAGAGGCGCGGCCGGCGUGCUCUUGGCGGGCCGCCCGGACAGUCUCCACCGACCAUGAGCGGCGCGGGCCCCUGGGUUGUGCUCGGCCUGCUGCUGGCGGCCCAGCAGUCGGGUCAGCAGCACCCGGAGAGACCUGUUUUCACAUGUGGUGGUGUUCUUACGGGAGAGUCUGGAUUUAUUGGCAGCGAAGGUUUUCCUGGAGUGUACCCUCCAAAUAGCAAAUGCACUUGGAAAAUCACAGUUCCCAAGGGAAAAGUAGUAGUUCUCAAUUUCCGAUUCUUAGACCUUGAGAGUGACAACCUGUGCCGCUAUGACUUUGUGGAUGUGUACAAUGGCCACGGCAAUGGCCAGCGUAUUGGGCGCUUCUGUGGCACGUUUCGGCCUGGAGCCCUUGUGUCCAGUGGCAACAAGAUGAUGGUGCAGAUGAUUUCCGACGCCAACACUGCUGGGAAUGGUUUCAUGGCCAUGUUCUCUGCUGCUGAACCAAAUGAAAGAGGCGAUCAAUAUUGUGGAGGACGCCUUGAAAGACCUUCUGGCUCUUUUAAAACCCCCAACUGGCCAGACCGCGAUUACCCUGCAGGAGUCACUUGCUUGUGGCACAUUCUAGCCCCAAAGAAUCAGCUUAUAGAAUUAAAGUUUGAGAAGUUUGAUGUUGAACGUGAUAACUACUGCCGAUAUGAUUAUGUGGCUGUGUUUAAUGGUGGAGAAGUCAAUGAUGCUAAAAGAAUUGGAAAGUAUUGUGGUGAUAGUCCACCCAUGCCAAUUGUAUCUGAAAAACAUGAACUUCUCAUUCAGUUUUUCUCAGACUUAAGCUUAACUGCAGAUGGAUUUAUUGGUCACUACAAAUUCAGGCCAAAAAAAUUAUCUACAACUACAGCACUGCCAAUGACCACCACAGUCACUGUAACUACAGGUUUAAAACCCACCAUAGCCAUGUGUCAACAAAAAUGUAGAUGGGCCGGUACUCUGGAAAGCAAUUACUGUUCAAGCAAUUUUGUAUUUGCUGGUACUGUUAUCACAACCAUCAUGCGGGGUGGAAGGUUGCAUGCCACAGUCUCCCUCAUCAGCAUCUAUAAAGAGGGAAAUCUGGCAAUUCAACAGGCUGGCAAGAACAUGAGUGCCAAGGUCAUUGUGAUUUGCAAGCAGUGCCCUCUCCUCAGAAGAGGUCAAAAUUACAUUAUCAUGGGCCAAGUAGGUGAAGAUGGGCGAGGCAAAAUCAUGCCCAACAGCUUUGUCACGAUGUUGAAGACCAAGAAUCAGAAGUUCCUGACUGCCUUGGAAAACAAGCAAUGUUAACAGUGAAAUGUGUCCAUUUAUGCUUCAUUCUGUCAUUGCCUUUGAAAGAUCUAUUUUUCUCAGUAUAAAAACAAUCUUAUGACAUUGAAUAUUCAUUAUUCAGAAAGAUUAAAUAGGUGUGAUGGAAUUUCUAUGCCUGCAUCAAUAGAAGCAGAUAUUGUAGUACAGUAACAGGAACCUAAUGGCAUCGAGUGGUGACAGUUGAAAGCAGUUUAUUUAUACAUGCCUCUAACGGGGUAUUUUAUAAAUGAGUUUUGUGAAGAUGUUAAAAUGGAGAUUUUAUAAGUGCAAUGUUUGCUUCAAGAUGUUAUAUUCUUUUCUUGCAUUUUUAAAUUGAUGCUUAAUAAAAUAUUUUUAAAUGAA